AUGAAUAAGACUGAGAACGAAAUAGAAGAGAUUUCAGAAGAAGAGGAAGUAACUGAAGCUGGAGUUGCUAAAAAUAAUGACACAAGUUCAGAAGAAAAUGAAGAAGCCGAAAAGUUCGAAGAAGUCUCGGAAAACUCUACUCAAAUUUUGAAUCUUCUCGAUCCCAAUUCAACAGAAAUCGAAGCACUAGAGCUUGAAUCCAAUGAAACAGAAAUAGAGAUAACAGAAGAACCAACAACAACCACUACAACUGUUGUUACAACGACUACAACCACCACUACGACCACAACAACGAUUAAAUUCGGAGAAUGCGUUGAAAAAUUGGACGAGGAGGGCAAUGAUAUUUGUCUAACAGAAGUCAAAGGUCGCAACGGUGAAUUCGUGGUUGUCAGCUGCGAGUACAAAGAACUAACCCAAAUCCCCUGCGGAAUCUCCCAAAACGUCACCCGCCUAAACCUCGAAAGCAACCGAAUCACAGAAAUCUUCGCGGGUCACUCUGAGCCGCAUCGGCAAAGAAACCUUCAAAAGGAUUCCAUCGCUGACGAAAUUGUCGUUUCAGAGCACUCACGUUGGCGAACUGAGGCCAGACACAUUCCUCGGCUUGGAAAAUCUUGUUUCGAUAGAUUUUCGCUCCUCAAAAUUGCAAAAAUCCACGAUGGUGCGUUUUCGAGCCUAUUUAAUCUGGAGCAAAUCGCACUGACCGCGAAUGGGAUUUCCGAACUGCCGGAAAUUAUGUUCGAAGAUUCGGCAAAAUUGAAGAUUCUUCUGAUGGAUUCAAAUCGAAUCGAAUCCCUGCAAAAUUCAACCUUUUCCGGUUUAUUCGAACUUGAGCGGCUUGAAUUGCAAUCGAACAGUCUCAAAUUCCUCCCCGAAUUCGGCUUCCAAGAUCUAAAAAGACUCACGAAACUGAAACUCUCGGAUAACAAGCUGCAGCAAAUUUCGGAAAAUGACCUCGCUGGGCUUGAAAAUCUGGAAGAUUUGACGAUGAACAAUAAUGAGAUCAAUUUUGUGCAUGAAAACGCGUUUGCUGAGCUCAAGAAAUUGAAGUUUUUGGAAAUGAACAACAAUCAAAUUCAAGUUAUUGAACCGAAUUGGUUUUUGAAUAUUUUUCCGAGGACAACGCAAAGUGCGCAAUUUGGAUUAAAUGAUAAUGUUUGGAGCUGUGGCUGCAACUCAACUCGAUUCCGCCUGUGGUACGAAAUCGACGAAAACAAAGAUCUCUUCACAACGCUAACCAAACUCGAGCACCUUAACUGUUCGUCCCCAGAAUACAUGACAAACUUCACGAUAAACGGGCUAGACUUGAGUUGGUUUCCAAAGAGCGAAGACGCCCCUUGCCAGGGACCAGAAGCGACAGAAUGGGGAAACCAGAAUUUAGCGAUAAAGCGAAAAUCAACAGCUACACUUCAAUGCGGAAUCGACGAUGGAAACCCGCCGCCGAAGUAUCUCUGGACGAAACCGGACAACUCGACCGUCUGGACGAACUCGUCCAUUUUGACCAUCGAAGAUCUAAGCGACUCUGACCGAGGAGACUACGAAUGCAAAGGGCUGAACAUCGCCGGUGAACGAACGCAAAUGCACAAUGUGCGAGUCACAUGGGAAGACGCGAUCACGGACGAGCUCGGAAACUACAUCGGAAUUCGGAGCAGAAACUCCAGCGCUUCCGAAUCUGUCCUUUGCGGAUUUCUCCUCUACCUCCUCUUCCUUCUUUUCUCUCACUAA